AUGAGAUCGAUAGAAAACACCAAAUUGAUUGACAGUCUUAAUGUACCUCUAAAGUCGUAUGAAGAUAUCCUCACAGUUUUCAAACACAUGUUGUCCAAUGGUUUGGAAAUUUACCUUGAUCGUUUCCUGGCUCCAUUCAUGGGGGAUUGGCCAACACAAUUCUUCAUGUGUCAACUGGUAUACAAUCUGGUUAAAGUUUCCUUACCCACCAUAUGCAAGAAUGUUGUCACGCUGAUAGGUCCAUUGCACAUCUCACUGAAUUCAAGAGAAUGUGUCCUGAAGAUGUUCCAACCAAUCUUUGCAGAGCUAUACUCCUUCCUAUUUGGAAAAAAAGCCAAGUUAGCAAUGAAACCUAAGCCACGGAGAGUGUCCCUGCUACUCGAAGUUAUUUAUGGUGGCUGGACACUUAUUCGGGAAACAGUUCUUUCAGUUUUCUGCCACUGUAAAGAUAUUGAAUUCCUUACCCUUGUCAACCUUGUUGAUAAUUAUGUGCCUCUUGUAUUGAGCAUCUACUCCGUAGUAUUCAAAUGUAAUGACUAUGGUUUAUAUUGCAAGUCUCUGUUGCAUUGCUGGGUGAUGUUUAUGGUAUUCCGAAGGUGUCACUAUGACAAAGCUUUGUUGGUCACUCUAUCGGCAUUCAUGUAUUGGGAAGAGAAUGAUCAUCCUAUGUACCACAAACUAUGUGAAGCAUUGGUAGCCUUUGAUGAGUAUCCCGAUGAAAACUUCCAUUCUGUACUACGAGCUAGGACUAAUGAAACUGACAAUGCUGCGAAAAUGAGCCUAAAGGCAAAGGAGAUAAGAUGCAUGUAA